GUGGGCGUGGUUAAUAUGAAACCACGCCCCUUCGUAACGUCAUCCGACCCGGAAGCGGCCGCAGGCGGGGGGGUGGGGCUGUUCCCUGCACCCCCAGGUUUCGGGGGGCUCAUGGCGGCGCGGGGGGACCCAGUGCUGGAGCCGGGCUGGCUCCUGUCCCCCCCCGCCCGCCCCUACCUGGACUCCAUCCUGCACAAGAACCAGCGCAGAGUGUUCGGUCUUCUGGAGCGCCCGGUGCUGCCCCCCGCCUUGACUGUCCCCAUCGUCACCUACAAACUCUUCGUUACCGGCAAGAGCGGCGUCGGCAAAACCGCCUUGGUGGCCUCGCUGGCGGGGACCCCCGUGCCCCCCGGCCACCACGAGACCCUGGGGAUCGAAACCACCACGGUGUUCUGGCCGGCCAAGCCGCAGAGCAGCGCCCGCCCCGUCAUCUUCCAGCUCCAUUUUUGGGAUUGUGGCGAUGGAGCCCUGAAGAAAUUUGAUUACUUGCUGCCCGCUUGUAAGGAGGAGGCGGACGCCGUCCUCUUCCUCUUCUCCUUCACCGACCGCUCGUCCUUCGAGGAGCUGCCGGCGCUAAUGAGCCGCGUGCUGGGCCCUGACGAAGAAAAGCUCGUUAGGGUGGUGGUCGGCACCAAAUUCGACCUGUCCCCGCAGGCGGAUGUGACCGAAGGGGACGUGGUGGCAUUUGAGGGGACGUGGGGGCUGCGGGUGCUGCGGGCGGGGUGCAGGGGGGCUGGGGGGGGGCGGGGAGGGGUGGCGCGGGUCGCCCCAAUCCUGGACGCGCUGGUCGAGCAGCUCUGGCGUCGCGACCAAAUCGCUGCCGGUGUCGCCCUGGGGGACAAGGGGUCCCCCCCGGCCUGAACCCCCUUUUACAGGGUGGGUUUUGGGGGGGCUUUUGAGCAAAAUCUAUGUUUUUACAGCAAAAUGA